AGUUGAGGGAUCACGUUAUCGGCUCUAGCCCGAACAAUAUAAAUUCAGCGAAACGUGAGGUCCUUGUCAUUUUGAGCAUUGGUAUCUCUCAAAAAAGAAGCCCUGCAAUCCUAGAAGCAUGUUACGGGUGGCUGUAACGCUUUGCAUUAUUGCAGUUUUCUUCAUCUGGCCCCUCUCAACGGCCUUUUAUAUUAAGCGAAGUCCUGAUCAGAAGCAUAUCUGCAGUCGAACAACGCCAUGUGGGUGGGGAGUCUACUCCCAUGACAGCCGCUUAGUGCAGCAGUACAUGAGGAGUCCAUGCUACUGUCCGAGUGGAACACGAUGUGUAAGGACAAAUGAUGCAUUGAUUAUUUAUUCUUUUGUCUACCAUUGUCGUCCUUAUUCAAGACCCGCUGAACACGUAUGGCCAGAAUACGAAUAGUAAACCUAACGAUUAAGCCCAAAGAUACGAAAACAAGAAAAAA